CGGGGCGCGGCGAGCACCAUUCCAAUGCCUUUGCUGUAAAUGGGUGGAAAGCGGAUACGGAGGCUGUGUGGCCCAUCCCUUACCGGAGGCCUCGGGAAGGGGCAGCUAUAGUAUAACAGCUGGACGUUUGAAGACGCAGCGCAUGCAUCGGUCGGCGUUUAACAACAAAAAACUAUUAUUUGAGCAAAUGGAUAAUGGAGACUGGGGAUACAUGAUGACCGAUCCAGUCACGCUGAACGUCGGAGGCCAUGUGUAUACAACAUCUCUGUCCACGCUGACCCGUUACCCAGACUCCAUGCUAGGAGCCAUGUUUCGGGGUGAUUUCCCCACGGCCAGAGACUCUCAGGGCAAUUACUUCAUCGACAGAGAUGGCUCGCUUUUCCGCCACGUACUGAAUUUCUUACGGACGUCGGAACUGACGCUGCCCGUGGACUUCAAGGAGUGCGACCUGCUUCGGAAAGAAGCCGACUUCUAUCAGAUCGAACCUUUAAUCCAAUGUCUUAACGACCCCAAACCCCUGUACCCUACGGACAUCUUCGAAGAAGUGGUGGAACUGUCGAGCACCAGGAAGCUCUCGAAAUAUUCCAACCCCGUAGCUGUGAUUAUAACCCAGCUCACCAUCACCACCAAGGUGCACGCCCUGCUGGAAGGAAUCGCCAACCACUUCACCAAGUGGAACAAACACAUGAUGGACACCAGGGAUUGUCAGGUGUCCUUCACGUUCGGCCCUUGCGAUUACCACCAAGAGGUCUCUCUCAGAGUCCACCUGAUGGAGUACAUCGCAAAGCAAGGCUUCGCCAUCCGCAACACCCGGGUGCACCACAUGAGCGAGCGAGCCAACGAAAACACCGUGGAACACAACUGGACAUUCUGCCGACUGGCGCGAAAGACCGACGACUGACUUUCCGCCCGGCGGGAGUCCCGUUAACCUCUUCCAUGUACGCAAGGCACGAGAGGCGGUGUUAUCUCGCCACAUCGUGUAUCGUAAACCCCUCUGCCCUUAUUUAUUAACAGCCAUUAGGGCCGGAUAGCGCGGGAACCUCGCGUCUCAGAGGUCUUUGGCUUGUCCGGCUUGCAUGCUUCUGCCCGCGCACAAACUUUACCCUCCGAUCGCGACGUCUCCCCCGCUUUAAUGUAUUUUCUGAAACGCCUAACGCACAGAUCCGCUCCGAGUCCUCUAUAAAUCC